GGCUUGCCAUGGCUACCGUGGCUCCUCCUCCUCCAUUGCAAGCUCUCAAUGCUGGCAGGAGUUUUCGAUUUACAUCCAGGAGAGAUGUAGCUGCCCGCGCCAGCGCCAGCGCCUCGAUGCGCUACAACAAGCUCGGCGACUCGGAGCUCGUCGUCAGCGAGGUCACGCUGGGAACUAUGACCUGGGGGGUCCAAAACAGCGAGGCCGACGCUCACGAGCAACUAAGCUAUGCCCUCGAGAAUGGAAUCAACAUACUCGACACUGCCGAGAUGUAUCCUGUUCCUCCGGCCAAAGAGACACAAGGGCGGACAGAUCGCUACAUUGGCUCCUGGCUGAAAAACCAAUCGCGCGACAAGGUAAUAAUCGCGACUAAAGUUUCAGGCUAUUCCGAUCGAUCAUCUUACCUCCGCGAGAGUGGAAAGACUGUGAGAGUCGACGCAGCAAACGUGAAAGAAAGUGUGGAGAAGAGCUUGCUGCGCCUCGGGACGGACCACAUUGAUCUUCUACAGAUACACUGGCCUGAUCGAUACGUGCCCCUCUUUGGCGAGUUUUUCUACGAUGUAUCGAGGUGGCGAGAGAGCGUGUCGUUCGAGGAGCAACUGGAAGCUCUCAACUCGGUCAUUCAGGAGGGAAAGGUUCGCUACGUUGGCGUCUCAAACGAAACAUCGUUUGGCAUCAUGAGAUUCACUGAUGCUGCGGAGAAGCUCGGCCUUCCCAAGAUCGUGAGCAUCCAAAACAACUACAGCUUGCUCGUUCGCUGCCGCUUUGAAGUCGACUUAACGGAGGUGUGUAGCCAUCACAACUGCAACGUUGGAUUGCUGGCGUACUCUCCACUGGCUGGCGGUGCCUUGAGUGGAAAGUACGCCAAUCCUGACAGCCCCGCUGCGAAGCGAGGACGAUUGAACGCGUUCCCUGGAUACAUGGGACGAUAUAAGACAUCUCUUGCACAGGAAGCCGUAAACAAAUACGUGAGCCUCGGGAAGCAGCACGGCUUAACUCCAGUCCAGCUUGCUCUCGGAUUUGUGCGCGAUCGUCCCUUUGUGACCAGCACCAUCAUUGGUGCCACGACGAUGGAGCAGCUCAAAGAGAACAUCGAUGCCUUCCAAGUUCCGAGGCCCCUUCCGGCGGAAGUUACCGCAGGAGUAGAGGAGAUUUUCAAGCGCUACAAAGAUAUAAGCAUAUGAGCCUCGGGUUUUCUUCUUUAAAGAAGGCUUACCAUUCAGUUU